CUCUCGACCCGGACUCGGAGAGCAUCUUCAUCUCGAGAUGGCUUCGGGCGUGCCCCUCCCCAAGGAGACUUCCCUCGACAUCCUGAACAAGGCCAAUUGCGAAGCAUCGGUAAGCGGGCAGUCUUCGUGAGUCAGACGGCAUGUCAGCCAGUGUGUGGUCAUGUCAGGUGAUGCUUGUGCCGGCGGGUGAACCUAAGAGAGUUCGAGAGCGGCUGAAGAAGGAGGAGAAGAAGUACGAUAGAAAGGGCAUCGAAAUGGAGCUCACUGGGGAAGUCUGUGGCGUCGAGGUCGGCGCAAAGCCAGGGUUCAAGUGGGAGAGUGGGUAAGAACAAUGCGGAGACUAGGGCGGAAGACAUUUUUGAUGAUCGCCCUUCUCCCAUGCAAUGCAGUGAGGAGAAGGAGGAGGAGAUCGAUGUGGAGGUUGAGUAUGCGUAUUUCCGCCUGGCCAAGGAAUGGCACAAGCUCGAUCCUGGCAAGAAGAUGACCCUGCACACCAUCAGCCCCUGCUACAUCUCCAUCUUCAUCGACGGCAGCAAGCACAAGGCCAUGGACCGAAUGAUCCACCCUAACGAACUGCGGGAUGAGAACGGCAUUGUGCUUGUCAGGAGUAACCCUCCCUUCGUGUCCUACAACGAGUAUUUCCACCAAGAGAGAAACAUCGAGGCUACCGGCUUCCGGCUGCAUAUGUACAACCUCGGUAGUGGUACAAGUGACACCGUGCUUACGGCUGUGCAUGGCGUCGGUCCCGGUGCAAAGGCUUCUGUGGUCUUGAAAACGAAGACGCCGGCGCCCCGCAAGGAGGACGAGCCUGUGGACAAUUCGCAGCUCUGGAUGGACCACACAGAUCCCUUCUGCCCCGAAGAGACCUUCCGCCUUGUGUCUGCAGCCUUCCCUCAGUCAACCCUUCGAGUGCACAAGGAAAACAAGACGCUUCUACUGGAUACGCCGACGAUCACGACUCCUCAGGCGAGGGAGAAGGGCACGGCCAGCUUGGAGCACUGGAAAAUGACAGGGGCCGCCUUGAGCAAGCCACUUGAUUUGUGCCAGUCUUUCUCUGCAUGCUGCAAGCCCUCGGUGUCAAAGGACGACGAGAUCAACACGCAGAAGCACACCUCGGGGCGCAGGAUCAGUGCCACGUACGGCGUGGCGUCGACUCUGUCGUGUGAAGGCCUGCCGGAGCAUCUGAUGUGUGUGGUGAACGACACCGUCGUCAUGAAGAAGAUCGGAUGCUGUGACCGGACGCCUCACCUGUGGCAAGCUGGUGAACCAAUCGUAAUUAAAGGUACUCAUAGGCUGCAGAGGACGUGUGGUGCGUGCAUUUGAUAGUGUCUUGUUUCUGUCCUCAGGGCAAACGGUCCCUAUCGAUCGGAAAGGGGCGGCUCACGACGCAGACACGACAGCAAGCGAAGAGGUCAAGCAGGGAAUGAAUGCUUUGAAGUCCUCUUCAUGUCUCUUGUCUCUCGUUCCAGAACAAAACCAUCUUUGAAGCGUGUGCCGAGGGCUCCGAGGGCGACCUGAAGGCGUUGAUCAAAUUCAUCACCAAGAAAAGGCCCCAAGUGUCUCGAGGACGCUGACGACGACGGCUUCACGCCUCUGCACUACAGCGCCCAGAACGGCCAGGAGAUGUUGGUCAAGGAGAUUGUCGAGCGAGGAGGGAAGCACCUCAUUGAGAAACGGACGAAGGUUCAGGAAGAGCCCACUCCUACACAUCUUGCGGCGAAACGAGGGCAUGUGUCGGUGGUCAACCUGCUGCUGAAACUGGGAGGAGACCGUCUUCUCACCAUCCAAGACAAAGUAAGUGUCAUCUUCGUGCUUUCAAAUGACAGACUGGCAGACAGUUCAUGCAACUUUCGCGUGUCUGCUGUGUCUCUUGCGUGUAGUAUGGUCGCACGAUUGCCGGCGUCGCUGCGGAGGAGGGACAGCUGGCGGUGCUCAAGGCCAUCGUCGAGCGAAAAGGCGUCGACUUCAUCCUCUCACUCGAAUCCAACGUACACCUGUUUCGCACAAAUCAUGUCUCCUGCACAAAGGUCUUCGUAUUCUUUCAGGGUCGGACGGUUUUCCACGACGCUGCCUUUGGUGGCCAUGUGAGCGUGUUGCGGCAGCUAGUCGAGUGGAGCGGCAGCCCCCUGGCCCUCAAAAUUGGCAACCAACAUGGCCUCACUCCUUUGCACAUGGCUGCCAGCGGCAAUCGUGUGGAGGCGAUGGAGUAUCUGCUGAAGGAGGGAGGGGUGACCCUGCUUCAGAAGACCAACACGGUCGGCGGAGACACAGAAGAGAAGUGUUCUCUGUUGUCACUCUUUUCUCUUCAUUUCCGCUGCGUGCAGUUCCGCAACACCUCAAUGCAUCUAGCCUGCCUGCAAGGGCACAGGGAGGCCGCCAUCUGCAUGGUCAACAAGCAAGGAGGCCGCGAUCUUCUCAAGAAAACCAACAAACAUGUAAGGAAUGCACGCACAGAGUCAUGGCAAGCGAUCUCCCUCUCUCGCCGUCCCUGUGUGUUUGUGUGUGUAAAGGGGAAGACGCCGAUUGAUUUGGCAAAGUGGAGGGGCCAUGGGGAUUUAGCGACAGAGUUGGAGAGUAAGGGCUGAUGUGGGCGUGCGGGCAGACAACACGGUGGUCUGAUGUGGUCUCCUGAGUGCUACUUCACCUUAAGCCGUUAAAUGAGGUUGCG